GAGCCUCUGUCCCGGGCCUGGCCCGUGCGCGUCCGCCUGCUGAACCUGGGCACCGCCGGCCUCCUGGGCACGGGACUGGGCGGGAGCACUGACCUCGGCCUAGGAGGCCUGGGAUCCCCGAGCCGCCUGCGCCCGCGGGGGCCUGGAAGUCGCACGCCCUUCCCGAACCUGUGCCCCUCGCCGAUUCUCGGCGGUGCGAGGCCAGGUGCCCCCCUCUUUCCCUCCCUUCUUUCCCUCCCCCACUCCGGUGCCCGCUGGAGGUCCCGCCCGCCCGCCUCCUCCGGCAGGGGUGUAGCCGGCUGCGGAGCUGACACCGGCUCCGCGGCCACCCUGUCUAAACUCUCCGGAAGCGGCCCGAGCCGACCGGGUACUCAGGCCGUCGCAGCUCCGGCGGACCCACUGUUGGACCCGAGGCGCCGGCCCUCCUCCCGCGCCCAAACUUGGAGCACUUGACCUUUGGCUGUCUGAGGAGGCAGACUCACGGGUGGCUGGACAGCUGCGGCACCUCGAGGGCAUCUUGCCUGGGGUUCCAGGACCGUCAGCUGCACUCCCGGGCUCCCAGCUUUGCCUCUGGGAUCCUGAGGAGUCUACAUCAGGCGCAUGUUGACUGAGACCUGGAGUCAUGGAUGUGUGCGCCCGUCUUGCCCUGUGGCUCCUCUGGGGGCUUCUCCUGCAUCACGGCCAGAGCCUCAGCCAAAGCCACAGCGAGAAGACGACGGGAACCGGCUCGGGGGCCAGUUCUGAGGAGUCCACUGUAGCAGAGUUCUGCCGGAUUGACAAGCCCCUGUGCCACAGUGAGGAUGAGAAGCUCAGCUUUGAUGCAGUCCGCAGCAUCCACAAGCUGAUGGACGAUGAUGCCAAUGGUGACGUGGAUGUGGAAGAAAGUGAUGAGUUCCUGAGGGAAGACCUCAAUUACCACGACCCAACGGUGAAACACAGCACCUUCCAUGGUGAGGAUAAGCUCAUCAGCGUAGAGGACUUGUGGAAGGCAUGGAAGUCUUCAGAAGUAUACAACUGGACCGUGGAUGAGGUGGUGCAGUGGCUGAUCACAUAUGUGGAGCUGCCUCAGUAUGAGGAGACCUUCCGGAAGCUGCAGCUCAGUGGCCAUGCCAUGCCGAGGCUCGCUGUAACCAACACCACCAUGACAGGGACUGUGCUAAAGAUGACAGACCGGAGCCAUCGGCAGAAGCUGCAGCUGAAGGCCCUGGACACAGUGCUCUUUGGGCCUCCUCUCUUGACCCGCCAUAAUCACCUCAAGGACUUCAUGCUUGUGGUGUCUAUCGUUAUUGGUGUGGGCGGCUGCUGGUUUGCUUAUAUCCAGAACCGUUACUCCAAGGAGCACAUGAAGAAGAUGAUGAAGGAUCUGGAGGGCUUACACCGAGCUGAGCAGAGUCUGCAUGACCUUCAGGAAAGGCUGCACAAAGCUCAGGAGGAGCACCGCACAGUGGAAGUGGAGAAGGUACACCUUGAGAAGAAGCUGCGUGAUGAGAUCAGCCUUGCCAAGCAGGAAGCCCAGCGGCUGAAGGAGCUGCGGGAGGGUACUGAGAAUGAACGGAGCCGCCAAAAAUAUGCUGAGGAGGAGUUGGAGCAGGUCCGGGAGGCCUUGAGGAAAGCAGAGAAGGAGCUGGAAUCACAUAGCUCAUGGUAUGCUCCAGAGGCCCUUCAGAAGUGGCUGCAGCUGACACACGAGGUGGAGGUACAGUACUACAACAUCAAGAAGCAAAAUGCCGAGAAGCAGCUGCUGGUGGCCAAGGAGGGGGCUGAGAAGAUAAAAAAGAAGAGAAACACACUCUUUGGCACCUUCCACGUGGCCCACAGCUCUUCCCUGGAUGAUGUGGAUCACAAAAUCUUAACAGCUAAGCAAGCUCUGAGCGAGGUGACGGCAGCACUGCGGGAACGCCUGCACCGCUGGCAACAGAUUGAGAUCCUCUGUGGCUUCCAGAUUGUCAAUAACCCUGGUGUCCACUCCCUGGUGGCUGCCCUCAACAUAGAUCCCAGCUGGAUGGGUAGUACGCGCCCCAACCCUGCCCACUUCAUCAUGACUGACGAUGUGGACGACAUGGAUGAGGAGAUUGUGUCACCCUUGUCCAUGCAGUAUGCUGCCUGGCUGAUGGGGCGUAGGUUCAGUGACCGCUCUCUCUGCUCAGCAUCCGCCGGCUCGGAUGAUCAGUCCCUCUGGAAAUACCCGGCCCCCAGCCUGCAGAGCAGCAGCGUCCGGCAGCGCCUGACGGAACCACAGCAUGGCCUGGGAUCUCAGAGGGAUUUGACCCAUUCCGAUUCGGAGUCCUCCCUCCACAUGAGUGACCGCCAACGUCUGGUCCUCAAGCCUCCUCAGAUGGUCCGUGCUGCAGAUGAGGCUCUCAGUGCCAUGACUUCCAACGGCAGCCACCGGCUGAUUGAGGGGGUCCAUCCCGCCUCUCUGGUGGAGAAACUGCCUGACAGCCCUGCCCUGGCCAAGAAGGCACUGCUGGCACUGAACCACGGGCUGGACAAGGCCCACAGCCUGAUGGAGCUGAGCUCCCCAGCCCCACCUAGUGGUUCUCCACAUUUGGAUUCUUCCCGUUCUCACAGCCCCAGUUCCCCAGACCCAGACACGCCGUCUCCAGCUGGGGACAGCAGAGCCCUGCAGUCUAGCCGAAAUACACGUAUUCCCCACCUGGCUGGCAAGAAGGCCGUGGCUGAGGAGGAUAAUGGCUCCAUUGGUGAGGAGACAGACUCCAGCCCAGGCCGGAAGAAGUUUCCCCUCAAAAUCUUUAAGAAGCCUCUUAAGAAGUAGGCAGGAUGAGGGUGGCAGUUGUGGGACAGCUUGUCCUCACCUGGUCUUCUGCCUCCCCUUCCCUCCCUUCCAACAUACCUGGCCCCCAGCAUGGGGCAUGGGAGGGGCUGGCCCUGGGGCCUGGGCACUGUACAUACUUGCCCCCCGUAUCCUUGGGUCCUUCAACAUUAUUUAUUAACUGACCACCAUGGCCUGCCUGCCCUGCCUCCCUCCCAACCAUGGGCUGCUGCUGUCACUCCCUCUCCACUUCAGUGCAUGUCUUAGUUGCUGCCCCCUCAGCUCUCAGUCCACCUCUGGGGUCCAGCUUCUGUCUCUGCUGUCCCAGUUUUGAGGUUUGGUUUCUUGUUUCUCUCUGUCUCCUGCUUUUGGACUCCCCCCCCCCCGCCACUCCCCAACUUCCCCUAGAGGCUAGGGGGGAAGAGAGGGGCAGUAACUUCUGACACCUGUGCCUCAGAUCUCUUCCACCUCACCGACCAUGGUUCUGUUUGCCCCAGACUGGGGCCUAGGACCUAAUAUUUGCAGUUUGCCCUCUGGGAGUGUGGUGGGCCAGAGGGAACCUCGGCCUGGAGCUCACUGAGGCCUCCAGGGGUCCAUGGGGGAGCGAAACCAACUCCCAGAGGACAAGCCACUAGAGUUCUGAAGAGAGGCUAGGCUAGGGGAUAGAUCGGAAGAGACUUCUCCUAGUUGGAGGAUGAGUGGAAGCCAGAGGUGUGGGCUACAAAGCAGUCACCUUUUCUCUCUUCUCUCACUCACACCUGCCUCUCUCUUAUCCCCGCUCCCCCACCCUGCAGGAGGGUUUGUCUAUAAGAGGCGCUGCCCCAAUGCUCCCCAAGCCUCAUUACUCCUGAGGCUCAGGACAGUGGGCUCCCAUGGCCGUGGGAGCCUCAGCUAUGAUACAGGGCUCUAAUGGGGCCUUGGAGCUGCUGGGCAGGAUGUUGUCACAUUUGAACCAAAAGACAGUUUAAAGUUGAAAAAUGAAAUCUCCUGAAUUUCCCAAGUGCCUGCACUGCAUACUUUGCCCUGUGAGACCCCAUUUUCAUGUUACUGCAUAGCCUGGGCCAGAGGCUCAAGAAGGACACAGCCGGUUUAGGGAAGGGGGUGGCUAAGGAAGAUGGUGUAGGUCAAGGUGGCUGUGUGACCACUCCCCCGCCCUUCCCACCCUCUAGACAACUCUCUCCCUUCCCUGUUUUUGCAAUGGCUGUAAAGGUAUUUUCCCUCUGCCCCACUCCCUGCCGUGUCUUUACUCUGGGAUCCUAUUUUGGGCCUGGGGUGGGGGCACCUGGGGCUGGUCUUGGGAGGGUGCUAGGCUGCAGACUGCCUUGUACCCCCUGGACACCCUCACAUGGGUUUUUCUGUGUUAUUUCAUAAGACUCUUUGAAGUCCAAUAAAGCAUGUAGGAGAUUUUAACCUC